AUGGCUAUAUUGGAAGAUCCCACAAUUCAACGUAUUCUUGAUGAAGUUAAUAAAGCUGCUAGUGGUGGAGUGUUAGGUACAGCUGGUAAUUAUAUAUCAACACCAACCGAAACAAUAACGGCAUUUGAAUCUCAAUUAUUAACACCUGAAAAUAAAUUUUUUAAUCAAGAUCAAACACCACUUUUUUAUCCAACACCAGAUAUGUUCACUAUGGGUGAAUUAACAAAUUUUGAUCAAAAUAUUGAUUUAAAUUCAAUGCCAUCUACUUUGCCAAUGACACAAUCAAGUAAUUUUGAUUAUUAUAGUACAGGUUUAUAUAAUACAAUGCCACAAAGUUUUAUAUCACCUUUUGAAAAUUAUAAUGGUACGAAACAAUUAAAUACAACACAUCCAAUAUUAAGUAAUAAAUCAAUACAUAGAACAUCAAAUGUUUCAUCAAGUAAUCCCGAUAUGUUACUUGAAAAUCAUCGUCAUCAACAACAACAACAAGAAUAUGAGACCAUUCCACCACCAAUGACAACAAAUGUGCCAAAUCUUGGUUUAAAUAUUCGUGCAACACCACAAUUAGAUACAAUACCAAUUGAUGCCGUUAAUUCAAAUGAAAUUCCGUUAGCAUCUGAACCAAUUCCUAAUGAAAUAAUAAAUACAUCAACAAUGAAUGUAAUUACUGAUAAAGAAGAUUUUAAUUCAUUGCCAUUAAAUAAUAAUGAUCCUGAUCAAGAUAAUUCAACUUCACCUGGGAAAAUAUUUUAUGAUCCAAAUCCUCAAAUAAUUCAACGUAAAGGUUCUCAUUCUGUAACUUAUAAACAAAACAUAAUUGUUCGAUUUUUACAACCACCACCAAUUCCUAAUGCUGGUCCACUUAUUAUCAAAGAAGUACGUGCUCCACAACCUUCGCCACUUCCACCACUGGUUAUUAAACAACGUCCAAGUCCACCAAAAACGCCACCACCACUUAUUAUUCGGGAGAAACCACCACCACUUCCAUCAACACUUGCAACAAAAGUGAUAACACGACAAUUACCACCUGAGCCAGCUCCACCACGAGCUGUUAUUAUUGAACGUUUACCACCAUUACCACCGAAACCACGUGAUAUUAUUAUUGAACGUUGGUUACCCUAUGAAAUACUGAAUCAAAAACGUAAAGUUAUUGUACAACGUGUACCAAAAACUUCUAAAGAACAUUCACAACCAAAAAAUGUCAUCAUAACUUAUGAACCAGUUCAAGCAAAAAUUGUUCGAAAUUUUCAAAAACAAAAUGUUACUCGUGAAGAUCCACAAACAUAUUUAAAACGUUAUGGCUCACAAUUAUAUGAUCCUAAUCUUGUCAUACAACAAGCUCGAGCUGUUGGUGUUAUUGAAGAUCUGAAUCCACCAGGAUCUUUUAUUUCAGAAAUGACAAAUAAUGUUGCUACAGGUACAGAUUAUGAAUUACCAACAACAGAUGAAUAUCAACAAGAACAAAAUAAUAUUGAACAUAACGAACAAAUAGAAGAAAAUCUUAAACAUAUCGAACAAGAACAAGAAGACGUAGGAAUUCGUCAAGCAUCAUCAAUAUCACCUAUUCAUAUUAAUCAAAAUGGUCCAGAAGAAGAUGUUUUAGUAGAAGAAAAUGUUACACCAUUUUAUAUGAAUUCAGGUGAAAAUCUUCAACAAACACUUCAUCGUUUAGGAAUCGAUUUCCUACAAAAAACAAAACUUGAAAAACAUUUUUGA